AUGGCUCCCUGGUCUCGACCCCACAGCUCGGUCAAGGCAAGGUCCACAGGCAGCAGAGAGUCUGAGGAUGAGCGUAACCCUACCCACCCCUGUGGAGGUCUGGUGCCCGUGUCAUGUCGCAUGCCUGGGUGCCCAGACGUCCUUGCCACACUUCCCCUGCUGGACAGUGGCAGGCCACUGGUGGGUAAGAACCCAGUGAAGACCGGUUGCCAUGUGGACCUCCUGCCACAGAUUCCAGCCAGCAUCCCCUUAAACAGCCUGGAGUUCAGACCUCAUACAGCUGAUCUGAGGCCUGUUUGCGACCUGUGGGACUGUGUCAACAACCUUAACAUACACGCCCAGAAACCAAAACCAGUGCCGUUAACAGCAAAAGAGGCCCUGAAAAUGUACAGAGAUAGGUUGAGUGAGUUUGAGCAAACCGAGAUCCAGAACUAUCCAGAGAUCUGGUUCCUUGGUCUGAAUGCUCGCAAGAUCAGCGCAGUUAAAGGGGCUCCACAGAACCACGGCUUCGAUGAUGGCAGCGGCACAUACAUUAAGGUUAUGCAUGACCAUAUCCAGUAUCGAUAUGAGGUCAUAGAGGUGAUUGGAAAAGGAUCAUUUGGCCAAGUCCUAAAAUGUCUUGACCAUAAAAGUAAAGAAAUGGUUGCCCUUAAAAUACUCCGUAACCAGAAAAGGUUCCACCACCAAGCUCAGCUGGAGGUGAAGAUAUUAAACAUGCUGCGCAAGAGAGAUCGUAACAAUAGCUCCAACAUCAUCCAGAUGAAAGAACACUUUGUGUUCCGAGACCACCUGUGUAUCACCUUUGAACUCCAGGGGAGUAACCUCUUUGAGGUCAUAAAGAAGAAUCGCUAUCAGGGCUUCAGCCUCAGCACUGUGCGGCGCUUCACCCAGUCCAUCCUGAAGAGUCUGCAGAUCCUGCACCAGGAAGGGAUCAUCCACUGUGACCUCAAGCCGGAAAACAUCGUGGUUAGCCAGAAUGGCUCAUACAGUAUCAAAGUAAUUGAUUUUGGAUCCAGUUGCUUCGAGCAUCAAAGAUUGUACAGUUACAUCCAGAGUCGUUUCUACCGCUCCCCUGAGGUCAUCCUGGGCUGCAGCUACGGCCUGGAGAUAGACAUGUGGAGCCUGGGCUGCAUCGCAGCUGAGCUGUACUCUGGCCUGCCUCUCUUCCCUGGGGAGAACGAGAAGGAGCAGAUCGCCUGCAUCAUGGAGGUCCUUGGACUGCCUCCUGACGAUAUGCUCAAGCAAGCUUUGAGGAAGAAGAAGUUCUUCGAUUCAAAAGGACACCCGAGGCACUACGCCAACAGCAAAGGCCAAGCUAGACUCCCUGGCACCAGAGAUCUGUCUGGCGUUCUGAUAUCCUCCGAUCCACUCUUCCUGGACUUCCUCAAGGGCUGCCUUACCUGGGACCCAAGGAAGCGCUUGACUCCAGACGAGGCUCUGCUGCACGACUGGAUCCUCGAGGGCCAUAACAGAAGCCAUGUUUCACUCCCCCAAUCCCUAUCCCGCCCCUCCCGGAGGACGGUGGACUUCUACAGCCCCACCAGGUCAGGAGCCACUCCAUGGAGGACCCUAGACAAGAGAGCCAAGCCCAGCUCUGGCAGAGCAGUGGUCAAGGUGGCAUCCAGGCAUCCAGCUAGUAGUGGGAGAGGGUCCACAAAGCAAGUAGGGGAAAAAUAUGCACCUUAUGGGUUGUCCAAACCAAUGGCACCAGCGACAAGGACCCCCAAGCCAUCGCUAGAGACAUUUUCUAUGCAGGGGGUCUUCGUCUCCUCAAAAUCGAUGAUUGCAGGGUCACCCCGGUAGCAAGGACAACAGGGGUAGAUC